ACCAUUUUCCUUUUCUUCGCUGCAACCUUUUCUUUCUAAUUUUUCAUUAUUAGUUCCACUAAUUAGUUAUUAAAAAAAUUAAGGGUGGGUGAGUUACGUUGAGUUCCCCCUUAGUUGAGUCCAAACUCUGAAACUGGUUGCUUGACAUCCUUGUCACGUGAAAGAAAGAUGAUUAUGAUCACUACUGCAUUCUCUUUCUUUCUCUCUUGUUGCAGAUAUUGGGCAAAACCCAGAGAAGGACAUUGAAAUCAAGAAGAGUUUUUUCAUCAAGAAAUGGGUCUUCUAUCCUCAUCCAUUUCUGGGUCUUUCUUCAAAUUCGUUUCUUGCUUCAUUUUUAGUCUCCUUUUCCUCUCUUGCACGUGCUUCACUGCCACAGAAGCAUAUGAUCCACUCGAUCCAAGUGGAAACAUCACAAUCAAAUGGGAUAUCAUGAGCUGGACUCCUGAUGGAUAUGUUGCUGUUGUCACAAUCUACAACUUUCAACAAUAUCGCCAUAUUCAAGCACCAGGGUGGUCUUUGGGAUGGACAUGGGCAAAGAAGGAAGUAAUAUGGAGCAUGAUGGGAGGCCAGACCACAGAACAAGGGGAUUGUUCAAGAUUCAAAGGGAACAUUCCACAUUGCUGUAAGAAGAAUCCAACUGUUGUGGAUUUAUUACCUGGAACCCCUUACAACCAGCAGAUUGCAAAUUGCUGCAAAGGGGGGGUGAUAAACUCCUUGGCACAGGAUCCAGCCACUGCAGCAGCUUCAUUCCAGCUGAGUGUGGGUCAAGCUGGAACAACUAAUAAGACAGUUAGAGUUCCUAAAAACUUCACUCUGAAGGCACCAGGGCCUGGAUACACUUGUGGCCCAGCAAAAAUUGUGAAACCCAGCAAAUUCAUAAGUGCUGAUAAAAGGAGAGUCACACAAGCUUUGAUGACAUGGAAUGUUACAUGCACAUAUUCUCAAUUCCUGGCUCAGAAAACUCCCACUUGCUGUGUCUCACUCUCAUCCUUCUACAAUAACACAAUAGUACCCUGCCCAAGGUGUGCUUGUGGCUGCCAAAACACUUCUCAGUCUGGGAGCUGUAUAGACCCAAAUGCUCCACAUUUAGCAUCAGUUGUUCCAAGUGCAGGAAAGAACAGCUAUACACCUUUGGUCCAGUGUACAAACCAUAUGUGUCCAAUCAGAGUCCAUUGGCAUGUUAAGCUGAACUAUAAGGAGUACUGGCGUGUUAAAGUCACAAUUACAAAUUUCAAUUACAUUAUGAAUUACACACAGUGGAACCUAGUUGUGCAACAUCCCAACUUUGACAAUCUGACACAGAUUUUCAGCUUUAACUAUAAGCCAUUAACUCCUUAUGCAGCCAUAAAUGAUACUGCCAUGCUUUGGGGAGUUAAGUUCUACAACGAUUUGCUCAUGCAAGCUGGCCCAUAUGGUAAUGUGCAGUCAGAGCUACUAUUCCGAAAGGAUAAAUCAACUUUUACCUUUGAGAAGGGUUGGGCUUUCCCUAGAAGGAUCUAUUUCAAUGGAGAUAAUUGUGUCAUGCCACCACCAGAUGCCUACCCAUGGUUGCCAAAUGCCAGUUCCCGGCGGCUUAUCUCCACGCUCAGUUUAGUCAUGGCCAUACUAUCAACCGUGGCAUUCUUACACGGAUACACCUAAACUUCUUCACUAUUUUCCCACGGAAAGUAGUAUCCAGAAUUUUUUAUUGAAACAGUUGAAUCCUUUAACAUGCAAACCGGCAAAGCAAAAAGUUCUAGUGUCGAUGUGCUGAUUUGUGGCUGUUCAAGUGGGUCAAGGUGCAUUUCAAUUGUCAAAAUGCUUAGAGGCUCCUUGUUCGAUGUAAUAUUUAGGGAAUUUAGUACCAUUUCAGUCACCUCUUGUUUCUUGCCUGUUUGUUUCUAUACGUUGUCACCGUCAUUGUAGAUUUUCCACUGUUGUUGUAAUAUAGUUGUAUCAGAAACAAGAGCUGUUUAACAAAGAAUAUUGAGCUGA